UCGUGUUACAACAAACUCUUGUAACCGAUCUCACAGCAGUAGAGAGAAGAAAACACUCUUUCAAUAAUUUACACAUCUGUGCCUGAUACACGGUUACAGAACAAAAAAAGGAGCUGCGCGAGGAGGACGUGUGCUUUUUUUUAUACAUCGAGGAGAUCCAACAAAACAAGCGCAACAAACAAAACAAAAACAUGCGACUUUUCCCUGCGCUGCCAGGAUGAAGACUUGAGAGAUUUUGUGCAGAUUAACUUGUCAUCUUGUUGGCUGAACCCUCCCGUGUCCACACUGAGCUCAGAGGAAGACUUGACCAUGGACUCCUUCAGCACCAAGAGCUUAGCCCUGCAGGCGCAGAAGAAGCUGAUGAGCAAGAUGGCCACCAAGAGCGUGGCCAACCUCUUCAUCGACGACACCAGCAGCGAAGUGCUGGACGACCUGUACCGCGUCACCAAAGAGUACACCCGCAACCGCAAAGAGUCCCAGAAGAUCAUCAAGAACUUGAUCAAGAUGGUGGUGAAACUGGGAGUGCUCUAUAGAAACAACCAGUUCAGCAGCGAGGAGCUGAUCCUAGUGGACAACUUCAGAAAGAAAGUCCACACUCUGGCCAUGACGGCAGUCAGUUUCCACCAGAUUGAAUUCACCUUUGACCGCCGCGUCAUGAGCGCCAUUUUGAACGAGUGUCGUGAACUGCUGCACCAGGCCAUCAAACGCCACCUGACAGCCAAGAGCCACUCCAGAGUCAACCACGUCUUCAAUCAUUUUGCCGACUGUGACUUCCUUGCCGCCCUCUACGGGCCCUCGGAGGUUUAUCGCGCCCACCUGCAGAGGAUCUGCAACGGUCUCAACAAGAUGCUCGAUGAUGGGAACCUCUGACCUCUGCUUGCCCCGUCAUCAGGCGCCUUUACCUCUAGUCACCCUUCACGUACCAUCUUGUAGGAUUUAUUUUUUAAGGUGACAAUCAGGAACAUUUUUAUUUUUCAUUUGUUGGUUUGUGUUCACGUGUGCCUUUCAGAUAUUACUGUAACACUGAAAUUCUCUUGGCUAGUUAGUCCAAAGUCUGUUUCUUCUCUAGCCUGAUUUUCUGUUAUUUCACAUAAAUAAAACCUAGCAGUUUUUUUCUUAAAUGAAUGUAAAACUUCAUGCUCUUAUCAGUAUAUUCAGGUGUAGGAGCCUUGACAACUGUGCCUUGGGGGAAAAAAAAACAUUUUUUUUCUCCAUUCCAAGGGCACUAUGCUUACACUCUUACUUAAUCAAAAAGACAUGAAUCCAGGCACAGGCCUUGAGUUAUAUCUCUGUUAGGUGCCUUUAAAUGGACGAAAAUGUUUCUGGGAGCACCAGGAGAGGAAAGAAAGUGAAUUUCCAACUUUUCCAAAUACCCAAGGACAUAAAUAAGCAUUUUUUUUGUUUGUUUGUUUAUUCUAAAAGUAGUAUUGCACUCAAUCCUGAUCAAGCGCUGUACUGUACUUCCCUACAACAGUGAAACCAUGUGAAGCAUGGCAGUCGAAUAAUCCUGCUUAGCCUGCAUUUUACAGCUCUCACCAUCAUGCACUAAACUUCCACUUUGUCGGGAGGCCAGGCUUUUAUUUAGAAGGCACCUAUAAACCCAGUUUUCCUUUUAAUGGUCUGUUUUAUAGUCACCACAACAAAGAUGAAGUAUUUGGGUCAUAGGGGGACCAUAAACGUGAAGGAAUUUGAUUGUGCUGUGUAUUGUUGAUUGUCUCUGCGCUGGCUCGAAUAUCUCACUGACUGUACACUCAUCUGUUCAGAAAAACUUCUAGUUUGUGUCUAUAAAUGUCAAAAUCACAUCAAGAGAGAAGCUGCACAAUGUGGCACCAGGUACAAAGGUUGCUCUGACAUUUUAUCAGAUGGGAAUAAAGCACAAGAGCUGGAAAACCACUCAUCAUAAUGUUGGAGCCCAGGGUCAGCUGUGUUUCAGAUUUAUCAGCAUUGCCUCAGGUUUAUCCUAAAAGUACUAAAACUCUGGUUUGAAUUCUGACAGAUCUGAACUAAAAAGACUCCCCAUGAGCAGUCAGAUGAAAGGCUGGACGAAAACUGCUGCUCGGUGUCUAUGAAAAGGGCCAGGCAGGGUAUAGAGAUUAGAGCAGAGACAAACACAGUACCUGAUUGUACUCUCCCACUGCAAUUAUGGCUCCCCGCUCUGGGGUGGUAUAAUGGCCUGGAGCCUGCCUCUGUCGAGCAGCCACUCCACCACACAGCAGCUUCAUGUAAUGUGAUGGAGAUAACCAUCUCUGUUUGCGCGAUGCAAGUCCUUUAAUGGAGUGAAAGAUGUUGUUGUGUUUCUUCCUUAUAAAGGAGCAUAUGAAUACUUACUACUAUCCCUCUCCAACCUCACAUAAUAGCUGUCUUUCCUUUUUGUAUAUGUGUUUUUUGUAUCACUGAGCCUGUCUGGGAGAUUGUUUUGUGCUGCGGCCUCAUUUUGUAUUCUCUGUGUGUGUGUGUGUGUGUGUGUGGUGUGUGUGUGUGUUUGUGUGCGUACCUGUGAGAGAAUUGGAAAUUGAGCCGUGUAAUAAGCGCUGUGCUUUUCCAGAUAGGAUUGCUGAAACUUUAACUUCAUCCACAGCAGCUCUGCCAAAGAGAAGAUGUUGCUCAGAAUGCAGUCUUUUUCCGGAGGAAAACGUUAUGCACUUGAUAAUUGCAGCCUUGCUAAUGGUGAAAAUUAAGACAAAGGUGGUGGCUGUUGUGGUUUAUUCACCUUUUAUUUUCACCCUUUUUUAAAUCUUCGAUGACUUCCCUGAGCAGAUUCUUGUUUGUUAUUCCCAUUUGACUCUGACCGCAUCAUUUCAGGAGGCUUUCAAGUAAAUCCUUUUCCUUAAGUCCGUCGAAACAGUUGACUUUAAUUGUCUUUGGAUGCCAUUUUCUUCAAUCCCUCCUCAUCUCAGGGUUAGUUUAAAUCUCCCUCGUUUUAAAAUCCAUGACAAUAGAAAGAUUAAAAACCUCUGCAACAGCCUCACUUAUUUUACUAAAGCUCUCAAAUGAAACAUACUUUUCACAUUGCAUUUUUACUGUUGUGAAUUGUGGAAUGUUUUUAUUUUCACUUAUGCACAUAUGAUUGUUUUUGUGUCUCUGCAAUGUAUCCAGGCAACAAAUAUAAUACAGUUUACUUUUUUAAAACAAUA